GUCCUAGAACUCGGAUGGCAAACUUCAAGGGUCAUGCUCUCCCAGGGAGUUUCUUCUUGAUCAUUACAUUGUGGUGGUCAGUCAAGUUCCCACUGAAGUACUUUCACCAGAAGGGCAAGAAGAGCAGGCUGAGCCAGCACCAGCAGCAGGUUGAAACCAUUGAAGCUGCAGUCAGAAUUUUCUAUUGUGUUGUUGGGAUGCCGGCAGAGCAGCUUGUUAAGUAUGGGCCCUUCUUCCAUCUCUACCACAAUGACCACUGGGUGAAGUUGAUGAACUGGCAGCACGCCACAAUGUACCUCUUCUUUGGAAUCUCAGGAAUCAUUGACAUGCUCACCUAUCUCACCCACAUCAUGCCCUCGGGGGUGGACAGACUGGUGAUGUGUACAUCAGUACUCAAUGAAGGCUUUCUCUUCUACUGCCACAUUCACAAUCGACCCCCGCUGGACCAGCACAUCCACUCACUCCUGCAGUUUGUUGCAUUUGGAGAAAGUAUCACUACCUUCCUUGAGGUGCUUCAUCGGGACAAUGUUGUGCUGGAACUUCUAAGAGCCGCUCUUGCUAUUCUUCAGGGAUCCUGGUUCUGGCAGAUUGGAUUUGUACUGUUCCCACUGGAUUUAGACCCAGCAUCUCUUCAUCUCAAAUUUACCUUUUCUGCACUUAAGGGGGGAUGCUAG